AAGUUGUCCUGAGGCUCUGCGCGCGCGCCCGGAGCGUCCCGUCCUGCGUGCCUGCUUCUGAGAAAUGUCUUCCAACGAGGCAGAGGCCACUGCCAGCGCUCAUGUGACAGCCGAAGAACCGGCACAGCAGCCCAGCGUGGUGGACCGCGUGGCCAACAUGCCCCUGAUUAGCUCCACCUGCAACAUGGUGUCCGCUGCCUACACCUCCACCAAGGAGAGCUACCCCCACGUCAAGACUGUCUGCGAUGUGGCAGAGAAAGGGGUGAAGACACUCACAGCAGCUGCUGUCAGUGGGGCACAGCCCAUCCUCUCCAAGCUGGAACCCCAGAUUACUUCAGCCAGUGGAUAUGCCCACAGGGGGCUGGACAAGCUGGAAGAGAAUCUGCCCAUCCUGCAGCAGCAAUCAGAGAAGGUCCUGGCAGACACCAAGGAGCUUGUGUCAUCCAAGGUGUUGGGGGCCCGAGAGGCGGUGUCCAGCACAGUGUCCAGUGCCAAGGACACUGUGGCCACCCGCAUGACAGAAGCAGUGGACAUGACGCGGAGCACGGUGCAGAGUGGUGUGGACAUGACCAAGUCCGUGGUGACCAGUGGUGUCCACUCGGUCAUGGGCUCCCGCAUGGGCCAGAUGGUGCUGAGCGGAGUGGACACAGUUCUGGGCAAGUCUGAGACAUGGGUGGACAACCACCUGCCCAUGACAGACGCCGAGCUGGCCCGCCUCGCCACGUCCCUGGAGGGCUUCGACAUGGCCACCGUGCAGCAGCAGCGGCAGGAGCAGAGCUACUUCGUGCGUCUGGGCUCCUUGUCAGAGCGGCUGCGGCAACGGGCCUACGAACACUCGCUGGGGAAGCUGCAGCACACGAGGCAGCGGGCCCAGGAGGCCCUGAUGCAGCUGACGCAGGCCCUCAGCCUGAUGGAAACUGUCAAGCAGGGAGUUGACCAGAAGCUGAUAGAGGGUCAGGAGAAACUACACCAGAUGUGGCUCAGCUGGAACCAGAAGGAGCUCCUGGGCAAGGAGAAGGAUGCAGCCAAGCCAGAGCAGGUGGAGUCCCAGGCGCUCACCAUGGUCCGUGACAUCGCCCAGCAGCUGCAGGCCACCUGCGCCUCCCUGGGCUCCAGCAUUCAGGGGCUGCCCGCCCACGUGAAAGACCAGGCCCAGCAGGCGCGCCGCCAGGUGGAGGAUCUCCAGGCCACCUUUUCCGGCAUCCACUCCUUCCAGGACCUGUCCAGCAGCGUCCUGACGCAAAGCCGCGAACGGGCGGCCAAGGCCCGAGAGGCCCUGGACCACAUGGUGGAAUAUGUGGCCCAGAACACACCCGUCACGUGGCUGGUGGGGCCCUUUGCCCCAGGAGUUACUGAGAAAAAACCAGAAGAGAAGAAGUAGGAUAGACAGGGAACUCGGGGUUCCCAGCCCUGCCUGACUGGCCACAUUAUGUCCCAGCCUCCCUUGGAGCAAACAUUUCUAACCACUUCUCCCCGUUUGUCUCACCUUGGGAACCCAAGGUCCUCAAACCCAACCUGUCCUCACCUCCUGAGCUGGGGGAAGUGUGUUCUCAAGCCCUGCAGUCACUUGGGCAGUUUCCAGAAAAGUAUUCUCUAAAAGUUUCCCAAGUAUUUUUCUUACAAUCAGGGAUAUUGUCCUUAUGUCCCUCUUCCUUUUGUACGUCAUGGCCUCGAGUGUUAGCCUUUUGCAAAUGAACUUGGACCCAAGGUCUGCAAGGUGGGGUGGAGACGGAGCUGCUGAAACUCUAGAGCAGAAGGGGCCACGCCUUGGGGGCCUGCCUGGCAAGCCUUGGGGACCUUGGUGUUUCAUUGUUGCCUUAAUAAAUUUUACCUGCAGCCAAGUACAGGCUGU